AUGGCUACUGUUAAAUUAUCCUCAGGUCACUUAAUGCCUUUAGUUGGUUUCGGUUGUUGGAAAGUCGACAACGCUACCGCUGCUGACCAAAUCUACAACGCUAUCAAGGCUGGUUACAGAUUAUUCGACGGUGCUGAAGAUUACGGUAAUGAAAAGGAAGUCGGUGACGGUUUAAAGAGAGCUUUAGAUGAAGGCUUAGUCAAGAGAGAAGAAUUAUUCAUCACCUCUAAGUUAUGGAACAACUACCACGACCCAAAGAACGUUGAAACCGCUUUAAACAGAACCUUAGCUGAUUUACAAUUAGACUAUGUUGAUUUAUUCUUAAUCCAUUUCCCAAUUGCUUUCAAAUUCGUUCCAUUAGAAGAAAAAUACCCACCAGGUUUCUACUGUGGUGACGGUGACAACUUCCACUACGAAAACGUUCCAUUAUUAGACACUUGGAAGGCUUUAGAAAAAUUAGUUGAAGCCGGUAAGAUCAAGUCUAUUGGUAUUUCUAACUUCACCGGUGGUUUAAUCUACGAUUUAUUAAGAGGUGCUACCAUCAAGCCAGCUGUUUUACAAGUUGAACACCACCCAUACUUACAACAACCAAAGUUAAUUGAAUUCGUCCAAAAGCAAGGUAUUGCCAUCACCGCUUACUCUUCUUUCGGUCCUCAAUCUUUCUUAGAAUUACAACAAAACAGAGCUUUAAACACUCCAACUUUGUUCGAACAUGACACCAUCAAGUCUAUUGCUACCAGAUUAAACAGAACCCCAGCUCAAGUCUUAUUAAGAUGGGCCACCCAAAGAAACAUUGCUGUUAUUCCAAAGUCUAACAACCCAGGUAGAUUAGCUCAAAACUUAGCUGUUACUGACUUCGACUUAACCGAAGCUGAUUUCGAAGCCAUCUCUACCUUAGACAUUAACUUGAGAUUCAACGACCCAUGGGAUUGGGACAACAUUCCAAUCUUCGUUUAA